AUCGAAUCCUCUCUCUCUCUCUCACGAUCGCGUUCGCUGGAUUCUUCUCCAAGGUGGAUUGGGCUUUCUUUCACUUGAAUGAAUAUUUAUUGGCUUCUUCAAAAAUAGUAUGAUGGAAGAAGAGGAUGAAUCGAAAGAGAUAAAAACAUCCGGUAUUGAAUUAGAUAGUGGUGGGGUAGUAGAUGGUAGUGUGAUGCAAUCUGGUAAGAGUAAUCAGAAAGAAAAUCUAAGUGUUGGCAGUGGCGUUGAGGAUGAACAUGAAGUUGAAAAACAAGGACGUGGAGUUGAUUUUGCAACAUCACUUGUGGAUGAGAGUCAGUUUGAGCAAGUGUAUUUGAAAGAUCAAGAGAAGAAUAAUGAGUAUGCAUAUUCAAAACAACCGUCAGGUCUAGAUGAUGUACAGCAACCAGUUGAUGGAAAUGCAGAGGAUUUUCAAUAUCCGUCUGGGACGUAUUCGACAGGGUAUUCUUCUCCAGUUGCUGACAUGCAACAUUAUCCAUUUAGUCCAGAGGCAGAGGAACAUUUUGGUCAGUCUGCCUCAUCAACUGGUUUAAAUACACCUGGAUUUUCUCCUGUUCGUUCUCCAUCAAAGCCAAGACAAAAAAAUGCCGUGCCAAAUGUGUCCGCAGAGUUAUUGCAUUUAGUUGAUUCAGCUAUCAUGGGGAAACCAGAAAGUAUGGAAAAGCUAAAGAACAUUGCAAGCGGUGUAGAAAUUUUAGGGAAUGGCGAGGAGAUGGAGAACGUUGCUUUCUUAAUAGUAGAUUCACUUCUUGCAACAAUGGGUGGAGUUGAAAGUUUUGAUGAGGAUGGUGCUAACAAUCCUCCUAGUGUAAUGCUGAACUCUCGGGCUGCCAUCGUGUCGGGCGAACUUAUUCCCUGGCUUCCUUAUGUAGGUGAUUCUGACGCUGUCAUGUCACCUAGGACACGUAUGGUGAGGGGACUACUUGCCAUAUUACGUGCUUGCACUAGAAAUAGAGCAAUGUGCUCAAUGGCUGGUCUAUUAGCAGUACUGUUGAGAACAGCAGAAAAGAUUUUUACUGUGGAUGUUGGCUUAAAUGGGCAAAUAAGGUGGGACGGAACUCCCUUGUGCCACUGCAUACAGUACUUGGCUGGGCAUUCUCUUAGUGUUCGUGAUCUUCAUAGAUGGUUCCAAAUCAUCACAAGAACCCUUACCACGAUAUGGGCUCCACGCUUAAUGAUUGCAAUGGAGAAAGCAAUGAAUGAAAAGGAGUCAAGUGGACCAGCUUGCACGUUUGAGUUCGAUGGUGAAAGUUCUGGUUUGCUUGGUCCAGGUGAGAAAAGCUGGCCAUUUAUCAAUGGGUAUGCAUUUGCAACAUGGAUCUACAUUGAAUCAUUUGCCGACGCAUUAAAUACUGCCACAGUUGCGGCUGCAAUCGCUGCUGCUGCAGCAGCUAAGUCUGGUAGAUCAUCAGCUAUGUCAGCUGCAGCUGCAGCUAGUGCACUUGCUGGUGAAGGUACAGCACACAUGCCUCGCUUAUUUAGUUUUUUAUCUUCUGAUAAUCAGGGGAUAGAGGCUUAUUUUCAUGCACAAUUUUUGGUUGUUGAAACUGGUAUCGGAAAGGGAAAGAGAUCUGCUUUGCAUUUUACAUAUGCAUUCAAACCACAGUGCUGGUACUUCAUUGGUGUUGAACAUAUAGGCAAGCAUGGAAUCAUUGGGAAUGCAGAAAGCGAAGUGAGGUUAUACGUAGAUGGGUCUUUAUAUGAAAGUCGUCCAUUUGAGUUCCCUAAGAUUUCCAAGCCCCUUGCAUUUUGCUGCAUAGGAACUAACCCUCCUCCUACUAUGGCUGGUUUGCAACGCCGUCGUCGUCAGUGUCCUUUGUUUGCGGAGAUGGGCCCGGUUUACAUCUUUAAAGAUCCAAUUGGCCAAGAAAAAAUGGCACGUUUGGCUUCUAGAGGAGGUGAUAUAGUGCCUUCGUUUGGUAAUGCAGCAGGGAUUCCAUGGCUUGCAACAAAUGCCCAUGUGCAAAGCAAGGCAGAAGAAAGUGUUCUAUUGGAUGCAGAAGUCGGAGGUUUCAUUCACCUGCUCUACCAUCCUAGUUUGCUUAGUGGGCGUUUCUGUCCAGAUGCUUCACCUCCAGGUGCUGCAGGAUUGCUCCGACGUCCAGCUGAGGUUCUUGGGCAAGUCCAUGUUGCUACACGGAUGAGGCCUGUUGAUGCUUUGUGGGCAUUGGCUUAUGGUGGUCCACUGUCUUUGCUUCCCUUGGCUAUAAGCAAUUUACGUGAGGAUACUCUAGAACCAAAGCAAGGGAAUUUUUCUGUAUCUAUAGCCACCACGUCUCUUGCUGGUCCUAUAUUUAGAAUUAUAUCCACAGCUAUUAAAUAUCCAAAGAAUAAUGAGGAGUUAUCUCGUGGUAGAGGGCCUGAGGUUCUUUCAAAAAUUUUGAACUAUCUUCUCCAAACAAUAUCUUCCUUUGAUGUUGAGAAGAGUGAUGGUGUAAGAGAUGAGGAACUUGUUGCAGCUGUUGUCUCACUUUGUCAAUCUCAGAACAUUAACCAUCCACUUAAAGUGCAGCUCUUCACUACGCUGCUAUUAGACUUAAAAAUUUGGAGCUUGUGUAGUUAUGGAAUACAAAAGAAGCUUCUAUCAUCACUUGCUGACAUGGUUUUCACUGAGUCAACAGUGAUGCGAGAUGCCAAUGCCAUUCAGAUGCUUCUUGAUGGGUGCAGAAAAUGCUAUUGGAUUAUUCCUGAAAAGGAUUCAGUAAAUACCUUUUCCCUAACUGGAACAAGACCAGUUGGUGAAAUCAAUGCUUUGGUCGAUGAGCUCUUAGUGGUAAUUGAACUUCUAAUAGUAGCAGCAUCUCCUUCUUUUGCAUCAGAUGAUGUCCGAUGUUUACUUGGAUUCUUGGUUGACAGUCCACAACCCAGUCAGAUUGCUAGAAUGUUGCAUCUCUUCUACAGGUUAGUUGUGCAACCAAAUAAAUCUAGAGCUCAAACAUUUGCAGAGGCAUUCCUAGCGUCUGGUGGUAUUGAAACGCUACUUGUCCUUCUCCAAAGGGAAGCUAAAGCUGGAGACAAUGAUGUCUUGGAAUCAAUGUCAAAGCAUUCUGAUCUUUCAAAACCUGAGACUAACAGUAGAAUUGAGACCAGAGAAAGAUGUCAGUAUGAUGAAGCAUUUGAGGAGAAAAGUGAAUACGUUUUACAAGACAAUGACCAAGGUUCUCAAUUUGUUGAUAGUGGCAGUUAUCUUGAUGAUCCUGGUUCUCCUGAUGCGAAUAGUGAAAGGAUGGCAUUAACCUCUGAACUUUCGUCUGACAAGAACUUGGGAGGCAUAAGUCUAUCUAUUAGUGCCGACAGUGCUAGAAAAAAUGUUUACAAUGUUGAUAAAAGUGAUGGCAUUGUUGUUCGAAUAAUAGGUCUCUUGGGUGCUUUAGUAGCUUCUGGGCAUUUGAAGUUUGAUUGCCCUGCUGGUCCAGAUACAUCAAGCAACCUUUUGGGUGUUGGACUAGAUGAAGGAGGUUGUACUAUGUUUGAUGAUAAAGUUUCUCUUCUUCUUUAUGCCUUACAGAAGGCUUUUCAAGCUGCACCCAACAGGCUAAUGACUAACAAUGUUUACACAGCCUUAUUGGCUGCCUCGUUAAAUGCUUCUUCAACUGAGGAUGGACUGAAUUUCUCUGAUUCUGGUCACCGCUUCAAGCAUUCACAACUUCUAUUGGUGCUUUUGCAUUCCCUUCCAUUUGCGCCAAGGCCUCUGCAGAGAAGAGUACUUCAGGAUGUUCUAUUUUUGGCUUGCAGUCAUCCAGAAAACAGAACCAAUCUGACAAAUAUGGAGGAAUGGCCAGAAUGGAUUUUAGAGGUCCUAAUAUCAAACCAUGAGGUGGGUUCAAGCAAAUCAUCUGAUCAUACAAGCCCAAGAGACAUAGAGGACCUUAUACAUAACUUCCUUAUGACCUUACUAGAACAUUCGAUGCGCCAAAAAGAUGGAUGGAAGGAUAUUGAAGCAACAAUUCAUUGUGCUGAAUGGCUUUGUAUUGUGGGUGGAUCUAGCACAGGAGAACAUAGGAUGAGGCGUGAGGAAGCAUUGCCUAUAUUCAAGAGGAGACUUUUAGGUGCCUUGUUGGAGUUUUCUGCUCAAGAAUUGCAGGUUCAGACUCACACUAUUGCUGCAGCUGCUGCUGGCGUUGCAGCUGAGGGUUUGUCUCCAGAUCUCGCUAAGGUGGAGGCUGAGAAUGCAGCUUACCUGUCAGUGGCAUUAGUAGAGAAUGCUAUUGUGAUACUUAUGCUUGUUGAGGAUCAUUUAAGGUUACAGAGCAAACAGUUUACUUUACGCGCCACAGAUGUCUCUCCAUCUCCCCUUUCUCUUUUUUUUCCAGCCCAGGAUAACUCACCGUCAUUGUCAGUAACUGGAGAAUCAACAGAAGUUAUGGGUGAUCGCACAUCGUCCUCUAGUAAUUCUGGGGCAGUCUCUCUAGAUGUCCUUGCUUCGAUGGCUGAUGCAAAUGGUCAAAUAUCCACUUCCGUGAUGGAAAGGCUUGCUGCUGCUGCUGCUGCUGAGCCUUAUGAAUCUGUUUCUUGUGCUUUUGUAUCCUAUGGGUCCUGCGCUAAGGAUUUAGCUAAUGGCUGGAAAUUUCGGAGCCGUUUGUGGUAUGGCGUCGGCCUUCCUUCGAAGGGAACUCCACUUGGUGGUGGUGCAGGAGGAUGGGAAAUUUGGAAGUCAGCUUUGGAGAAAGAUGGCAAUGGCAACUGGGUUGAGCUUCCUCUGGUGAAGAAGUCUAUGGCAAUGCUCCAAGCAUUGUUGCUAGAUGAGUCCGGCCUUGGUGGCGGUCUUGGAAUUGGCGGAGGGUCAGGCACUGGGAUGGGAGCAAUGGCUGCAUUGUACCAGCUAUUAGACAGUGACCAACCAUUCUUUUGCAUGCUCCGGAUGGUUCUUCUAUCAAUGAGGGAAGAAGAUGAUGGGGGAGAACAUAUGCUGAUGAAGACUUCAACAAUUGAGGAUGCAAUCUCUGAAGGAAGGAAACAAAACUCGACACUUUUGUGGAGUGUCCUCUCUCCAGUUCUGAACAUGCCAAUUUCUGAGUUUAAAAGACAAAGAGUGUUGGUAGCAUGCUGUUUACUUUAUUCUGAGGUGUACCAUGCUGUUAGCAUAGACCAAAAGCCUCUCCGUAAACAGUACCUUGAGGCUAUUUUACCUCCAUUUGUUGCGGUCUUGAGGAGGUGGCGCCCCAUCUUGGCUGGAACCCAUGAACUCGCAACUACUGAUGGUCUGAAUCCUCUUACCGUAGAUGAUCCUGCACUAGCUGCUGAUGCCCUUCCAGUCGAGGCUGCUCUGGCAAUGAUGUCUCCAGCCUGGGCUGCUGCUUUUGCAUCUCCACCUGCAGCAAUGGCAUUGGCUAUGGCAGCAGCUGGUACUUCAGGUGGUGAAAGUCGUGCCCCUGUAAGAAAUACCCAACUUAGGCGUGACACCUCAUUGAUGGAACGGAAACAACAGGCUAAGCUUACUACAUUUUCAAGCUUUCAAAAACCUUUAGAAGCACCUACUAAAACUCCUCCAUUACCCAAGGACAAAGCUGCAGCAAAAGCUGCUGCUUUGGCAGCAGCUCGUGAUCUUCAACGAUUUUCAAAGAUUGGUGCUGGAAGAGGUCUUAGUGCUGUUGCAAUGGCUACAUCUGCUCAGCGAAGGAAUGCUAGUGAUAUGGAGCGUGUUAAGAGGUGGACUAUAACUGAAGCAAUGGGAGUUGCCUGGAUGGAAUGUUUGCAGCCAGUUGAUACAAAGUCAGUGUAUGAGAAAGAUUUUAAUGCUUUAUCAUAUAAAUUCAUUGCAGUUCUAGUUGCCAGUUUUGCCCUAGCAAGGAACAUGCAACGGUCUGAGAUUGACAGGCGUGGUAAUGUUGAUAUAAUAGCUAGGCAUCGAAUCAAUACAGGAAUCCGUGGGUGGCGCAAACUUAUUCGGCAGUUAAUUGAGAUGAGAACUCUUUUUGGGCCUUUUGCGGAUCAUUUAUACAGCCCACCUCUUGUUUUUUGGAAGCUAGAUUUUAUGGAAAGUUCUUGCCGGAUGAGAAGAUGUUUGAAGAGGAAUUACCGAGGAUAUGAUCAUUUAGGUGCUGCAGCCAAUUAUGAUGAUGAUAAUUCAGAGAAGAAUAAAGAUCAGAAAACACCAAUUUUAUCAGCAGAAGCAAUCUCAAUAGACGGUAUAAAUGAAGAUGAAGAACAGGCUGAAAUUGAUAAUCUGGACGCUAAGGUUAAUGAUAUUGAAGACAAAGUAAUGAAUCAGCCUCCUAAACUUUCUGAACCAGUAGAGCAAACUGUAGAGCAAUCUUUAGAAACCAGUGCAACCAAACUUUCGAGUGUUGAAGGUAUUGUUCGAAGUUCUUCGGGGAUUGCACCUGGCUAUGUUCCAAGUGAACUUGAUGAAAGAAUUGUUCUUGAGCUACCCUCAUCAAUGGUCCAGCCACUUAGGGUAUUACAAGGAACCUUCCAAGUAACCAGUAGGAGGAUAAAUUUUAUAGUAGAUAACAGUGCAUGCAGCACCCCCGUGGAUGGUUUGGAUAUCAAUUCUGAGGCAUGGGACCAAGAAAAGGAUCGUAGCUGGUUAACGUCAUCCCUUCAUCAAAUUUUUAGCCGGAGAUAUCUCCUUAGAAGAAGUGCGCUGGAGCUAUUUAUGGUGGACCGUUCAAAUUUUUUCUUUGACUUUGGGAGUAGUGAGGGGCGAAGGAAUGCAUAUCGAGCAAUUGUUCAAUCACGGCCUCCUCAUUUAAACAAUAUAUAUUUGGCCACUCAAAGGCCAGAACAACUUUUGAAAAGAAUACAACUUAUGGAGCGCUGGGCUAGGUGGGAGAUCAGUAAUUUUGACUACCUAAUGCAACUCAAUACACUGGCUGGGCGUAGUUAUAAUGAUAUAACACAGUACCCAGUUUUCCCCUGGAUUCUUUCUGAUUACAGUUCUGAGAGCUUGGAUCUUUCUAACCCUUCUUCUUACCGAGAUCUUUCAAAGCCUAUUGGUGCACUGAACCCAGACCGUCUGACAAAAUUUCAAGAGAGAUAUGCUAGCUUUAACGACCCAGUCAUCCCCAAAUUCCAUUACGGAUCACACUACUCCAGUGCAGGAACAGUUCUGCAUUAUCUUGUUAGGGUUGAACCAUUCACUACCCUUGCAAUCAAACUUCAAGGUGGAAAAUUUGAUCAUGCGGAUCGGAUGUUCUCAGAUGUUUCUACUACUUGGAAUGGAGUCCUUGAGGACAUGAGUGAUGUGAAGGAAUUGGUUCCCGAGCUAUUUUACCUCCCUGAGGUCCUCACAAACGAAAAUUCAAUUGAUUUUGGCACAACACAAUUGGGAGAAAAGCUUGAUACUGUAAGACUUCCUCCUUGGGCUGAGAAUCCAGUUGAUUUUGUGCAUAAGCAUAGGAUGGCUCUGGAGAGUGAGUAUGCAUCUGCUCAUUUACAUGAGUGGAUUGACCUCAUAUUUGGGUAUAAGCAAAGAGGCAAAGAAGCUAUAGCAGCGAAUAAUGUUUUCUUUUAUGUUACCUAUGAAGGAACAGUGGAUAUUGAUAAAAUAUCUGACCCAGUACAACAGCGUGCGACACAAGAUCAGAUUGCUUAUUUUGGACAGACACCAUCCCAACUUCUGACUGUUCCUCACUUAAAGAAGAAGCCAUUAGCCGAGGUUCUGCAUUUGCAGACAAUAUUUCGAAACCCCAAAGAAGUCAAGCCAUAUGUUGUUCCAUCCCCACAGCACUGCAAUCUACCUGCAGCUGCCAUUCACGCAUCUUCAGACAUGGUUGUGGUUGUUGAUAUGAAUGCACCAGCAGCUCAUAUUGCACAACACAAGUGGCAGCCCAAUACGCCUGAUGGCCAGGGUACUCCAUUCCUUUUUCAUCAUGGGAAAGCUGCAUCAGGGUCUGCUGGUGGACUUAUGCGCAUGUUCAAAGGGGCAAGUGAUGAAGAGUGGCUAUUUCCCAAGGCAUUAGCUUUUGCUGCUUCUGGAAUUAGGAGCCAAGCUAUUGUUGCUGUAACAUGUGACAAAGAAAUCAUUACUGGUGGGCAUGCUGAUAAUAGUAUUAGGGUAGUAUCUUCAGAUGGAGCUAAAACCUUGGAGACAGCUUAUGCGCACUGUGCUCCUGUAACUUGCGUUGGUCUUUCACCGGAUAGUAACUAUCUGGUGACAGGAUCUGAAGAUACAACAGUAAUAAUCUGGAGAAUACAUAGGUCACAUACAUCUCGUGUAUCAGACUCUUCCAUUAGCUCACUUCCUUCAACCAGCGGUACUUCUUCAUCACAUUUGUUCUUCGAAAAGAAUCAGAGACGCCGCAUUCAGGGUCCUCUACAGGUACUUCGGGGGCACCACGGUGAAAUACUUAGUUGUUGUGUCAACUCAGAUGUUGGAGUAGUUGUUUCAUGCUCCGAAUCAUCAGAUGUUCUCUUGCAUUCAAUAAGGAGGGGACGUUUAAUCAAAAGGCUGGAUGGUGUUGAGGCACAUUCUGUUUGCCUUUCCUCUGAAGGGGUUGUCAUGACCUGGAAUGAAUCACAGCAUACUCUCUGUACCUUUACUAUUAAUGGUGUUAUGAUAGCCAAAACUGAAUUAUCUUUCUAUAAAGGCGUCACUUGCAUGGAAAUCUCUGUUGAUGGGAGGAAUGCUUUGCUAGGAAUCAGUUCUGCAGAAAAUAGUAAACCCCAGGAUAACAGUUGGUGGAACAAGACAGGUAUAACUGAUCCUGAUUCACCACCAAAAGAAACUCAUGAAGCCGACAGAAUCGAUGUCCCAUCACCAUCAAUUUGCUUCUUGGAUUUGCACACUCUGGAGGUAAUUCAUGUAAUGAAGCUAGCAGAAGGACAGGAAAUCACAGCUCUUGCACUAAACAAGGAUAACACGAAUCUUUUGGUUUCAACUUUGGAUAAAAAUUUGAUUAUCUUCACUGAUCCAGCUUUAAGCUUGAAGGUGGUUGAUCAAAUGCUCAAGCUUGGUUGGGAAGGUGAUGGGCUUAAGAACCUCAUAAAGUCAUAGCUUUUAGGAUAUAGAGAAGUCGAUUAUAGAUCUCCUAUACAUAAUAAUUAACAAUUAGGAAAAUUAGGAUUGGGGUUUAUACCACUCUUGUUUAUAAGCAUUUUCGUUUCAUCCCUUUGGUUUCAGAGAUGUCUUGUAACAUAUGUGACACUUCUUUUCUUUUUUUUAACCACCACCACAGUAUUAGGCUUUUAGAUUUAGCUCAGGGGUCCUCUUCGCUCUCCCAGCUUUACUGAAGUGCUUGUAUUUGACAGACUUCUCGCUGAGGCUUGAGCCAUUAAAUUUUUUCUCUUCAAUUUUUUCCAUUAUUUUCUCUUUCAGAAUUGUAGUGAAAGAAAAUUUUAUAUAUUAGCUAUUCUUUCUUGUAGUGAAAGAAUAUUUACGAGUAUAUUUCGGCUAAAGGCAUGAGUCUUCAAGUGACACAUUAAUAUAAAUCUUUCCAUCUUUUAUUUUCUAAACCUUGUUAGUAUUAAGUAGGGAAAGAUUCAAAUAUAUCAAUGUUGCCGCAUAUCUUUGUUUUAAUUAUUUUAUAUUAUAUUAAGUAUUCGUCUCUCAUGAAUAAGUUUUAUGUACGUAAUUUAUAAGAUGAAAAUCUGAUAAUAAAUAUAAAAGACCUGUCACUGAAAGUGGUGAAUGUUAGAGAGAAACAAACACUAUCUAAAUGAAAUUACUCUGAUGCCCAUUCUCAAUAUCUAAAUGAAUGGAAUUUUUCACUU